CCCCACCCCGGUGCUCUAUGCUCAGUUCGGUGUGUGUAUCCUCUUUCAAAGGGCGCAAGGGUGGGAACAAGUCGUCCAACAAAGCAUGUUACAGCGCAGACAUGACUUGUCCGUCGGAAAGCGAGAAAAUCGUGAUAAACUGCGGGGGGGUGCGGCAUGAGACGUACCGGAGCACCCUGAAGACGCUGCCCGGGACCCGCCUGUCGUGGCUCACCGAGCCGGACGCCUUCAGCAACUUCGACUACGACCCCAAAUUGGACGAGUUCUUCUUCGACCGCCACCCGUCGGUCUUCUCCUUCAUCCUCAACUACUACCGCACCGGGAAGUUGCACUGUCCCAACGAUGUGUGCGGUCCGCUGUUCGAGGAGGAGCUGGCCUUCUGGGGCAUCGACGAGACGGACGUGGAGGCGUGCUGCUGGAUGAACUACCGGCAGCACCGGGACGCGGAGGAGGCGCUGGACAGCUUCGAGACCCCGGAGCCGGAGGCGCCGGACGACGACCCGGCUCUGGGCGGCGCGGACGGGGACCUGAGGAGGCUGUGUCUGCAGGAGGACGCGCGGAGAGCGGGCUGGUGGAAGACCUGGCAGCCCCGAAUAUGGGCUCUGUUCGAGGACCCGUACUCCUCCAAAUACGCCCGGUAUGUGGCAUUCAUUUCCCUCUUCUUCAUCCUCAUCUCCAUUUCCACUUUCUGCAUGGAGACGCACGAGGCCUUUAACACCAUCCUAAACAGGACAGAGAACGUCACAGACGGCAACACAACCCACGAGGAGAUAGUGUACGAAGUGGUGACCGACAGCUGGUUGACGUACGUCGAAGGCGUCUGCGUCAUUUGGUUUACAAUUGAGGUCUUGCUGCGGGUCAUCUUCUGUCCAGACAAGUUGGAAUUCUUCAAAAGUGCCCUCAACAUCAUCGACUUUGUCGCCAUCCUGCCCUUCUACCUGGAGGUGGGCUUGAGCGGUCUGUCCUCCAAAGCUGCCAAGGAUGUCCUGGGGUUCCUCCGUGUUGUCCGAUUCGUCCGUAUCCUCCGAAUCUUCAAGCUCACUCGCCACUUUGUGGGUCUCCGCGUCCUCGGCCACACCCUUCGUGCCAGCACCAAUGAAUUCCUCCUGCUUAUCAUCUUCUUAGCCCUCGGCGUCCUCAUCUUCGCCACUAUGAUCUACUACGCUGAGCGAAUUGGGGCAGACCCAGAUGACCCGACAGCCAGCGCCCACACCAACUUCAAGAACAUCCCCAUUGGGUUUUGGUGGGCCGUGGUGACAAUGACCACAUUGGGUUACGGUGAUAUGUACCCGGAGACGUGGUCAGGAAUGCUGGUGGGAGCGCUCUGUGCCUUGGCUGGUGUGCUGACCAUUGCUAUGCCUGUACCUGUCAUUGUCAACAACUUCGGCAUGUACUACUCUCUGGCUAUGGCCAAGCAAAAGCUGCCCAAAAAGAAGAACAAGCAUAUCCCUCGAGCGCCUCAGCCGGGGUCACCCAACUACUGCAAGCCAGACGCCCUGGCAAUGGCCACUGCAUCACCGCAAAGGAUCUUGGGAAAUGUCUUAGGUGGAGUGAUGGGGUCUGGAGGAAUAGGGGGUGACUGUCCUCUUGCUCAGGAGGAAAUCAUAGAGAUCAACAGAGAUUCCAAGCAGAACGGUGACGCAGCCUCGGCCGCCUUGGCUAACGAGGACUGCCCCACCAUCGACCAGGUGCUGAGCCCGGACGAGCGGAGCCCCAUCGGGCGGGGCCCCACUCGGGAACGCUACCAGCAGGACCGAGCCUGCUUCCUACUCAACACCAGGGAAUUCCGUGCCACAGAUGGGAAUGUGCGGAAAGAAGCAGCAGCCCUGGCUCCCAGCCCAGACUCCCCUCUGACUGAGGAUUGGUAUAAGAUGGAGGGGUCUCUGUUACAGCAGGACCUCAAUGCAAACUCCACCUCCUCCUGGAUCAAACCGUAGCUCAGAGUGUUAAGUUUCUAGCGUUCGCCUUCUCUGUUAUGAGGAGUCAGUAACUGGUAAACAAAUUGCGGCGGGAGCCACAUAAGCGACAGGCUUGUCGCGGACGGACAGUUGAAAGGAGAUCUUUGAGGUGACGAGAGAGACCAGAGGGUAAUCAUGAAUUUAAAAAAAUAUAUAAAUAUGUAUCACAUGGUCUGCUCCUCACAUUGUUACCAAAGCAGCCUCUUGGAUCGCCAACCACACCUUUUUUGACAACAGUUCACCUGAACCCCCUCCCACCCGCCCACUUCUUCUUCCUGUGCCCCCUUCCCUUGUCCUUCAAGCGGACUGAGCAUUGCACUGACACACUUUUGGAGAAAACAGGACUCCUGAUGACACAUUCCAGACGACAUCUCUCUGACAGUGUUAUGAACGCCAUCCUGCUUAUUGACCAAAUCGGCACCGCCUGCAGUGCCGAACCACUGAGCAAGUUUCCCGGUCAAGCACUCGUCUUUCACCUGGACUCAAACGAACAAUGUAGCAUCUCUGCUAACACACUGUAGCAUCUGUUGGUUGGGAAAUAUCUUGACUUAAAAACCAAUCCAUCCACAGUUCAAUGAGAGAGAAAAUUAUGCAUUCAAGGGAUCUUCUAGAUGUCACUCCUGUAUUCCUUUCCAGUGAAGUAGAAAGUCAUUGAGGGAGCACAUGAGAGACAAAGGAUUGGUCUUAUUCAAUACAACAAUUAAUUUAAAAAAGAGAGAGAGAGAUGCACAAAUAUAACAAUGCACAGUCUUUAACGGCACCUCCUGACAGCCCCUUGUUAAAGUUUAGCACUUGUAUAGUCUUCCAUUUACUUCUAUUAGACAGAAGUACUGCCCUGCUCAUCAAACAGCACUAACUCUGAAGCAGAACAAUCGAAGCACAUGUAGCAUUAUCUUAAACAAGUCAUUUUAUACUCACCCUAAACAGUCUCUUUAUCUCUCAUGUUCUGAUGUGGGCUUGCACGAAAAUCUAUGUUGGGUACCAAAGGUCCUUUAGCAUGCACUUGCUGAAUGACCAUCUGUAAUGUAUAGUAGAUUAGUAGAGAUAUUAAAUAUAGGGUGAGGCUUCUACUCCCUCUCAUGCUAACCAUUGUCUCUUAGUCCUUUGACUGCCAGUAGCUUCCCGUGCCUCACUGCACAUGUAGGAAACGUCCCCGUGUCUGGGUGACGGAGACUUGAUUAGUAAACAGACUGACUCAAGGAGUCAAACCCUGUUGGAAUAUCGGCCUAUCCUGCCUAAAUUACAAAAGAAAAUGCAAACAGUUCUGCAUUAUUUUGAACGGGACCAAUCUGGUGAAUAUUUCCCAAACACUGCCAAUUAGGCGCCAAGACUCCUCUGAUGCAUACUGCCCUGCCUCUCUUGUCCCUCUUGCUGCCAACAAGUGCUUCACUGGCAACACAAUGUCACGAUGAAGUUCAGGGGGGAAAAGGGAGUCCUUCUAGGUCCAAAGGAUAUAUUCAGAGAAACGAACCAAGAGUAAGAACAAGUGUGGACGUGUACAAAGAGAACAAAUCUAUAUUUUGAUAAACAAAUCUACGACGCUCCAUGACUUUGGAGAUGGGGUUCUGUCCGGGAAGAGUCUGGAAAAAAAAAAAGGUCUCAUACAAGAGAAGAAAAUUAGUUGGUGGAAAGGAUACAAGAAAAGAAGUAUUCCUUCAUGCUGGGGUGUGCAACAUAAUUUAACCCGCAGGUGUUGGGGAUGAAAAAAGGUCUCUAGAAAGACCUUUAGCAAUGACUGACUCUUGCCCAUUCAGACAUGGAAAAGAAAAAGGAUGGACAAUAAGAAUAAUGGGAAAAAAAUGCAUUUUUGUAACUUUGUUUACCAGCAUGACUACUUUGCAUGACUGUCUUUUCUGCAAGCCCUUAGUUGAAGACAAGGGUGCUAGAGAUACAAAAAAGUAUAUAUAAAAUAAAUUUAAAAAAUGUUAUAUGCAAUUAAUGUUUUAAAAAAGAUUAUAAUUAAAGAGAAGAGCUAUAUUUUCUUUUGAGAACUAAAAAAAUGUGAAUAUUGAAACAUGUAUGUUUGCAAAGUACACCCUGAACUAUGUUUUGUUUGAUGAAAUCUCUCUGCUACUACUGCCCUACACUCUUCAUUCCAGUGUUUAUGACCUCUGACAUGGUUUUUAUUUUGUAACGCGUUGAGCAGCACACUUUCUAAACAUUCAAUUGACCAACUUUGCCUGUAGCAUCUGAGCAAAGUGCUGUAGUUGUUGUCAGUCACAAAGUCCAUGUUUCCUCCUUGACUUGUUUGCACAUCUUCCGUAGCAAAAGCAGCACCCGUACUGAAACAGCAGCUCUCCAUGUUCUGAAAGCUUGAUUAGUACUCAUUGUUUGCUAGUUUUCUUUGGCAAUAACGCAAGAGUUGUCACGACUGUAGCUGAUAAAAACGGAGUCCUUUGAGUUAUCUUCAAAGCUUCAGUGUUGAAGGGAUUCCUAAGAGUCUUGGAUCCCUCGUUCGCAGAGUUAGCAGUCUCACCCUCUGCAGGAGAACAGGAAGACCAAUAAGAUAAUAAAAGAUGCAAUAUGGCGAGGAGUUGGGAGAGAUUUUUAAGUUUGCAUGGAAUUAACUGCCAUUCCAAAUUCAGAGCGUUGGCUUGAGGGACUCAGGUGCGCUGAUAGUGUACGUGGAUGUAGGUGUUUUGCUAUUUUCUUUUUAACAUAAUAAAUUUUAAUAUAUAGAAAAAUAAUAAUGUGAACACCUCACAGUGAUGUGUUAAAAAAUUAAAAAUCAAAAAACAAAACAAAACAAAAAAAAACAGCAUGCAUUAUGACUUGAUAAUCUCUCCAGGGGGAACAGAGUCUUGCCAUUUCCCUCCAGCCUUCUGUCAUUGUUCCUGUCACGAUUCCAGUCCGGAUAACUUUAUAAACACUGUGCCGUGUUGUAGAGCAGCAAAGUCUUCCUUGGAGAGGCAACUGAGAACUACUCACACUCACAGUGUCGGCAUGAGUGUGUAGAGGUAGCUUGUCUUAAUUUUUUUUAAAAGGUCAGGUCUUCGCAUCUGUCAUUACCACACGGCUGAGUUCUUGUCAUCCCGCUGGCUGGUUCAUCGUAUCACAACGCAGUCAUGCAAGCACCAAUCAAAGAGACCCAGAGCUUCCAAAAUGAUGUCAGAAAAUGAUAAAGAAAAGGUAAGAAGUGGUCCACCUGGGGGAGCCUGAUGGUGACAAUGAAACAGUGACAGGUUGAAGGAAGACUAAGGUGAUCUGUGGAGUGUUGAGGGGUCUUCAAGAACUUCUUUGGUUUGGUUUUCCCAGUGAGUUUCAAGCCCCGCUGGUCCGGGGUUUAGCUCAGGCAGCUGAACGGUCCUCCGCCCAUUUCUCGUUCAUUUCAGCGUGAUGUAGACGACAGAGAGCGUUAACAGUUCUGUUGAGUCUGCGCAGGUUUAACAGGGUCCACAACUUUCUCUAUUUGCAAAAAUCUUACCAACACACAGUUUUCAUUCUGGAACGUUCUCAGAGCUUGGAUGGCAACAGAGAUUUUUCAGAGGUGGCGUGCACACCGGCAAAAAAACAAACAAAAAAAACUUUGUGAUUCACCCAAUUGUUUGUAAGUUGUAUUUUUUAUUUCUUAUGGCCAGGCAGUGUUUUUAUUUUCAUGCUACUGUUUUUCAUUGUUAAGUUUGCCAUAUCUUUGUUCUCCACAUUGCGACUCUCUGCCAGCAGCAGGCUGAAAAAGAUGUCUUUUUUCCCCCUAAUGCAUAAUACUGCCAUUUGAUUUAGAUUUGUUGAACAGGAUGAGUUACAAUGUCGAUUGUGCUAAGUCUGUUUUAUUUUUAAAUGUUUUCUAUCUGUUAGAAGACGUAAAAGAAAAAAGCAGUCACCUCAUACAACCAAAAGGACAGGAAUGCUUUGUGUUGGCGUGUUACUCUGAUUUGUCCUGAAGGUGCCACAUGGUCUUUGGACAACACCUCCUCCACAGCAUCCUGUUUGAUUUUACUUACAUGUUUGUUCGUUUUUCAAAAUGUUUUCAUUGUGUCUCUUUUUGUUUGAGGACACUGUAUGCAAUCCACACCAUGUAUGCCACUGAUCGACACUUACUGUAAGCUCCCUGAGACACAGAUGUGCUGUCAUCAGUUUAGACAUUUUCAGCCACCUAUGGCUUUCCAUAGAGUGACAUAGCAAUCACGUAUAUCUUUAAAAAAGUAUUUUACAAAUUGAAAAUAUUACAGUUGUUUCAGAGCAAAUUAUAUCAUACUAUAUAAAGUUUUCUAAUAUAUGAAAUGUUAUUUUAAUGAUAAAAUCUAACAAGUCUAACCUCGUUACAAACAUCUAAUUUACUGCAUUCACAUAAGCAUCCCAAAGAUUCAUUUUACCUGCUAUUAUUGUGUAAAACAGACUUAGGUACUGGUCCAUUGUACUGUGGUCUUAAGUGGAGCCUGAAUGGGGAGAAGAGGUGGUCACUGAAGCAUCAGGUUGUGACUUAUGCCGGAUUUCAUUUUUGAAAUGUUGGGACAUGAAGAACAACUCAUCAAGAACUGUACAAAGUAUAUUUCAAUGGAAUGUUCAUGAUCUAUCUUUUUAUAUUUUGAAGAGAAAAAGAAAAUAGAAACAUAUCAAUAAAGCAUCAUAAUUGAACAUAUUUCUACUAUUGAGACUUAAAAUGUAUGAAUGUCAAUGCGAUCUAAUGUGAACCAACCUGCAUUGCAGCUUGAAUGAACAACUGAACAACAGUCAUGAGAUGCUUUUUCAGAGACAUUGAAAUUGCUUAAAAAUCACUGAGAUCAAACUAAAAUAAAUGGAAGAGUAAUCUCA